AUGGGACUCGUGGCCGUCGGUGGCACGCUGGAGUAUUUUUCGUUGCGUGAGAUGAUCUUCAAGGCGACCAAGCCGGCGACUGCGCGGUUUGAUCGGCUCAUGGUUGCGGUCGUACUGAUGACCUGCUUCUUCGCGGUCAUGUCCGAACUGCAGGAGGAGUCGCAGUCAUUCAAGUCUGCCCGUGUUUGGGUGCUCGCCAUGAAGGUCACCCAGUUCAUCAUCGCUCCACUCUGCACCCUCAUUCUGCCCCUCGUCAGCUGCAACCUGGAUCUGGACCCGACCGCGCAGGAUGACACGGCGCCCGCCGCCCGCGCCAAGUCAAUCGACCCACACAUACUCAUCCCGUACGUCACGCGCUGGCUAAGCGACUGGGGCUUCAUCAACCUCGUCGCCUCCACCCUCACCGGCAUGGUACGCAUACGCAAGUCCGUGGACCCCCACGGAGCCGCCAUCGGCAUCUCCAAAAUGGUGUUCGUCAUCAUGACGCCCUGGGUCGGAGACGCAGGCGCACUACUCAUCGGUGGCAAACUCGGCCGCUGCCGCGUCAUCCCCGCCAUCUCACCCAACAAGACGCUUGAGGGCUACUGCGGACUCGUAGUCUUCGCACUCCUCUCCACCUUCGGCAUGCGCUACAUCGGCUGGUGGCUCUACCCCCAGCACCAAUUCAACCUCUUCCAACGCACUGCCAACCCCCUCUUCCUCGCCGUCGUCUCCGUCAUCUCCGCCUUCGCCAGCGCCGUCGGUGACCUCAUCGAGUCCACCCUCAAACGCAUCGCUGGCGUCAAAGACACAAGCAACCUGUUCGGCCCACACGGAGGCAUCCUCGACAAGGUCGACUCCAUUAUGAUACUCACCGUUUGCCUGUCACACCUCAUCGCAUAA